UAUCUUGUUUAUAUACACAAGUUGUUCGCCAUCUCAGAUCUUUUGCCGCCGCUUCUCAUUUUCACCGCACGCUUCUCUACUCUCCAGCUCCGGCCAAGCCGUACAACAGGUAAGUUGUGAAAACAUGGGUCGUGUUCGUACCAAAACAGUGAAGAAGUCUUCACGUCAGGUGAUUGAGAAGUACUACUCAAGGAUGACUCUUGACUUCCACACCAACAAAAAGAUCUUGGAAGAAGUUGCAAUCAUCCCAUCGAAGAGGCUCAGAAACAAGAUUGCUGGGUUCUCCACCCACUUGAUGAAACGUAUCCAAAAGGGUCCAGUCCGUGGAAUCUCCCUCAAGCUACAAGAGGAAGAGCGUGAAAGGCGAAUGGACUUUGUCCCCGACGAGUCAGCCAUAAAAACCGAUGAGAUCAAGGUUGACAAAGAGACGCUAGAGAUGCUUGCCUCUUUGGGAAUGUCUGAUACUCCUGGGUUCUCCCAAGUGGAGCCACAAGCUAUUGCACCUAUGUUUAGCAGGCCAGGAAAGAGAUACUAAACCAUGUGGUUUCCUUGGAUUCAACAACAUAUCGAAUUUAGAGCUUUUGCUUUGUUUUGACUUAUUUUUGUUUGUGUUUAAUCAUUAUGACUUUUUUCUUGAUUUGGAAUCGCAAUCAAUUGGAAACCAUACA